GUAAAAAAAAUAUUGUGCUAUGUUUUUGAGUACGCGCCUAGAAAAUUUCUAAAUUAAAGUGAAAAUCGUGCAAAAACCUAUAAAAAAACAUUAACAAUAACUUAAUAAAGACUUUCUGUGUGUUAGUGCUGAAAGACCCAUCAACGCCGCUUCGUUAUCAAGUGUAGUUUGUCCCUAAAAAUUAAAAUUUGUUACAUAAAUCCCUUCACACAUGUUUCGAACAGACAAAAAAGAUGAAUGGCCAUUCUCCAAAAAAAUCAGCAAACUUCAAUACAAGGCCUUUGAAAACCUAUCAGAAUAGACGGAGAAAAAGAUCCUUGGAAGACCAAAACUUUGAUAAUCUUUUUCACCUUCUUCCUUAUGACAACAAAGCUACUCUCAUAGUUGACAGUACACUGGAAAUUGUUAAAUGGACAAUAGAAGAGUCUGUAUUCAAUGAAACUGGGGAAAGUUUGUCUGACUGGGAGUUAGAAAAAUUUGCUAAAAUUUUAUAUGACCAGGCAAGUUUGGAGUGGAAUAAACCAAUUUCAGACCAGCAGGCGAAAAAUCUUUUGAAGGAAGCUCGUAGCGUAGGCAGAAAGGCCUCUAGCCUAUCAUAUUUAUGGGAGCAAGUUUUUGAUGAUCAAGCAGUCAACAAAUAUUCUAAAGAAAAUAAGUUAACUGAAGGUUCUCCUACAAAGCGUAGAAAAUCUUGUGUGGGUAAUUCGAAAAAAUCGAAUAAGCGACUGCCACUUAAAAAUCUUCCAAACAAUAACCUCAAGUCAAAUCGUCCUGAUUUCCAAGAAGUACCAGAGGCUUCCAAAUUUGAAUUCUCCAAUUAUUCUGAAAAUAUUGUUUUCGGACAAUUGCAAGGUACAAUGUCUGACUACAAAGAAGAUCAAUCGUACCACCAUAUUACAAAUGGAGAUAGUAUGCCCGAUUAUAAUGUGGCUACCUUGCUGAAUAUGGGCAAUACCUGUUUUAUGAAUAGUGUACUCUACACGUUGAGAUUCGCUCCAACUUUUUUGCAUAACUUACAUCAUUUGCUGGUUGAUUUGAGUUUGAUUAAUAGCAAAUUGAAGGAGAACAAAACCAAAACUAGCAGCUUAGGACGCAAUGGUAGCGCUGUUAGUGGCAGUAGUUGGAGAAGCGCUAGUAGCAAGGAUUUAUUGUCUAUAGGUAACAAUGACAUUAUCCCCAAAUCUAAAGAUCAAAUAGUAACAGAAAAAUUACACGCCCUUUUCGUAACCAUGAAUAAUCUGGAAACGAAAGGCUCGCCAGAUCCUUACCAACCAGAAGCCUUAUUACAAGCCAUGAGAGAUGCCAAUACACUGUUUGAAGGCAAUCAGCAACAAGAUGCCCACGAAUUUUUCGUUGAGUUAUUGAGCUGUUUGAGGGUUACCUGUGAUAAACUCAAUGAACAAAUUGAACAAAACCCUGACCUCAUUAAAUCUCCCGAACCGACUGCAGCUAGUAUUAAUAACAAUAGUAAAAUUUGGGGUGUGAGAAGGUCAUGGAAGAAGCCAUUAAAGAAAAAAGAUAAAAGUGCUUCUAAGAAAAAUGGGGAUUUUGAAAACGAUGUUGCAGGUGGUGAUUCUGAAGACAACUUAUCUAGUGAUGGAAAUAGCGAUUCUGUGAAAAAGAAAUUUGUUUAUAAUUUUAUAGCUGAAGAUUUUCAAGGGGUUUCCUUACAUCGAACACAAUGUUUACAAUGUGAAGAAGUUAGUGAAUUGAAGGAGCCAUUUUUAGAAAUUCAAGUGCCAAUAAAUUACAGGGAUGAAGAUUCUGAGUCUCGCCUAGAUAGUGCAAUUUUUGGUGCUAUAUGUGUAACAUCAGAAAAGCUUUGUGAUCAAAAUAAAUAUUUUUGUGAAAUCUGUAUGAGGUAUAAUGAAGCCCAAAGAACGGUUCUAUAUGAAAAACUGCCAAAUAUCAUGGUCCUCCAUUUGAAAAGGUUUACUACGUCAAUGUCAGGCGUUCAAAAAGUGAAUAAUUUUUUGCCUACGCCCCUGGAAAUUCCAUGUUUUUGUGAGAACUGUAACAAAAUUGAGAAGACAAAAAUAACCCCUCACAAAUACCAACUGAGUUGUGUCAUUAUGCAUUUAGGAGCUAGCAUGGCUUCUGGACAUUAUAUCGCAUACUCUAGAGCCUCUGUUGAGACAUACGACUACAUCGAAUGCACCAGAGACAUUCCAAAGAGCUACCUUAGCUCAAGUAGUAAAGAUUUAUCUGUCAAUAUAUUGAAAUUCUUUAAAGGAAAAGGCUUGGGGAAUACUUUAAGCGAAAAUCAGAAUGGUAUUGGAUUAAAUUCCAAAAAGAAUGACGCCCAUGUAUGUCAAAGCCUACAUUGUUGUGGCAUCAGGUGCAAGCUAAACUUGGGUUCGCAAAGCCACAACGACGAUUGGCUGGAAUUUGACGACGAAAAAGUUAAAAUAUUAUCAAACAAAGAAUUCACUGAUAUGUUAAAUAGGAGGCACGAUAGCACUAACACUCCUUAUCUGCUGUUCUACUCGAAAGUUGAAUAGUGUUGGUUGCCAAAAGAAAAAGUUUCGGUGUAUGUGUCCAGUAAUUCAUUAUUUACCAUAUUUGAACUUUGAUGUGUGCCAAAUAAAAGAAUUAUGUGGUACUUACUUACAGAAAUCAUGUUGAAAUUUCUUUAAAAAUACUAAUCAUGUUUUGGGUUUUGUUUUGUUAAUUAGUUAAUAAAUAGACAGAUUAAUGAGUUGCCUAAUUUUUUAUAAAUCUGUCUUUUUUGGUUUCCAUUUGACAUUAGUCUGGUAUUAUUAGUUAUUUAUUUGUCUAGCUUUAAAUAUAGAUAUUUUUCUAUUCUACUGUAUUAUUUGUCUUGUGUUUAUAGCUUGUCCUUUAGGACUGAAAAUAUGUAUUAACUCAUCAUCUAUAUUUAAUGUAUGCGUUUGGUGUAUGUAAAUGUUUUUUUUUUUUGAAUAUUUUCCUUAAAUUUUAGGUAAAUUAGUAUUUAGAUUUUGAAACAGAUGGCUUUAUUGAAAUAUAGUCAGCUUUAGAACAAAGUACCGGUGUACCUCAAAUACUUCUUCCGAGAUAAAUAAAAUUAUAUUGCCCUAACCAUAGUAUGCUUCAGAUAUUAAAAUUUGUUGUCUAUAAAUAAUACAAGUCCAGUAAAAAGUGUUUAUGCCAAAUACCAUUUGUUCAAGGUCUUAUUUCAGCUGUCAUGGUUAUUUUGGGGUUAAACUUUUUUCCUGGCCCCUGUAUACUGGAGAGAAUGGUAAAAUUUUUAUUACAUAGUUUGUUUUGGAAGUUUGAUAAUAUAUCUUUUUGUGAUGCUAACGUUUCAACAAAAAAAAAAAACAUAUAAGCACUACAUGUAAUUUAUUACUAAACUAAAUGGAGUUUCAAGUUUCUCUAGUUUUAUCCUUAAAAUUAUUCAUUUUCCAACUUAAAGAGAUAUUACAGACCUUCCAAAUUUAUUCACAAAUAAAACCAAAUAAGUACUGAAAAGUGUUCAAAUUUUGUACAUUUUCACGCUUUUAGAAAUUAAUUAAUUGCAAUGAGAGUAGUCAAGUGCUAAAGUGUGAUUAUAAAAACACAAAAUACGUAAUUUUGUUUUGUUAUAGAAAUUUAAUAAAAAUAAUUUUUAUCAAACAGUAUAAAAAAAUUUGUUCAAGAAUACUUAUCCAAAUUACAUGUAUGUAUGGGGCACUUAAAACUCGCUUUACGUAAAUUAAUAUAAAAGCAAAUACUAUUUCUAAUUUAUUGACAGAAUAAGAUAAUUUAGAGCUUAAAAAUUUAAUAAAUGCACUUAUGUAUACUCCAAAAAAAAAAACUGUCAAAAUAUUAGAAAGUAAAAUUAACUAUUUAGGUAGGGUUUUACAGUCGGCUAAAAUAAUUAAUAUAUGGCGCUUCGCCUCCCAGUUUGUGAUUUCAAAAAUAAGACCAGUAUUAAACAAAUUAGGAUAGGUUCGUUAAAAUUCGUGAUAUUAGAUGUAAAAAUGUUUUUUCCUUUUGAAUUUUUUUUGGGUAUUGGGAAUCAGUUAAAUACAUUUUCUUAUAUAUUAAUGGUGUAGAAGGUGUAUUUAUUCAUUUCCCAACUAGUGCAAAAUGAAAUACCCCAUAGUAAUUGCAAAAAAUAUUGUUUGUGUACUCGUAGGUGUAAGGAUUCGUAAAAAAAAAAUAUAUUGAAUAAAACAAAAAAGGUGUGUACAGAUAAUAUUUAUUAAUAUAAAUGUAUGUACAUAGUCACUUGUUAGAUGUAAGAAUUCUAGAAAUCUCUUCGCAAACAUUUAUAUGUAUAAAAUAAAAUCAUUAAAUAAAUAUUUUUUAAGUACAUAGUUGUACAUAGAUAUAAAUUAUAUUUAAAAAAACAAAGUUUAAUUAAAUUAAAUCCAUACACACACACAAAACAAAAAAAAAAACUAUAUAAAUAUAAAUACUGUAAAAAAUAAAGGUCAGAUCUGUAUAUUAUCUGUAUAUUGCAAAUUUUAAAAAAUAAAUAAAAACAUUUCCUAUUGAUUUAAUUGUUGAUUUUCUUCAUACUUUUGAAUAUUUUUGCAAGAUUUCGUGCAAUUCUUUACUAUGCCUCUUCUGCCAUUGUGUCUGUACUUUGACUGUUUCCAAGGUUUGUUCAACGCCCUGUUUCAACUCCGAAAAGUCCUUUUUGUUUUCAUGAAUGAAAUGUUCCA